ACUUUAAAUAGCAAUGUGCAGUUUAUUGCACAUAAUUAUAGUAGCAACAAUUACAAAAGCAACAACAACUUCAGAGUGGAGAGGAAAAUUGUUCAUUUAUAAACCAAUUAGCAAGAAUAAAGAAAAUAUUAAAAUGAAAUUGACAAUAAUUCGAAUCUGCUGGGUAGCGAUGAUUUGUAGCACAGCUGAGGCAGCUAUGCUGGAAACCAUGGAGAUUAAAGGAAAUGCAAAUAUUCUGCAAUAUUUUCAACAACCUGGAAAACAUUUGCAAUUGAAUCGCAAAACAACGUUAGACCGAGUUCUGGAAGUUGGAUAUCCUUGUGAGGAGCAUGAAGUCGAAACGGAAGAUGGUUACUUUCUCAAAAUAUAUCGAAUACCAGACUCACCGAAAUCCAUAGUCCAAUCCCCAUCCCCCUCAUCUUCUCGACAACGCCCCCUGGUGUUACUGGAACAUGGCCUAAUGGGCACCUCAGAUACCUGGAUAUUAAAUGGUCCGGAAAGUAGUCUACCCUUCCUUUUGGCUGAUCGUGGUUAUGAUGUGUGGCUUGGAAAUGCCCGUGGAAAUCUUUAUGCCCGCAAACACCGAAGACUUAGUAUACACCAAGGAGACUUUUGGCGUUUUAGUUGGCAUGAAAUUGGUUAUUAUGAUCUAGCAGCCACCAUUGAUUAUAUUUUGCAGAAUGCUACCGAAGUGGCAGAGAAGUCACUGCACUAUGUUGGCCACUCCCAGGGUACAACUAUUUUAACAGUGCUAAUGACAAUGCGUGAGGAGUAUCAGCAAUAUUUGAGGACGGUAAACCUUUGGUCCCCGGUGAUAUUUUUGGAUAAUACCGAAAAUCGUCUGCUCAAGGUAUUGAGUCCAUAUAUGGGUUAUUAUAAUAUUGUUACCGAAAAAUUUAGUCGCCAAGAAUUCGUACCCUUCAAUGAGUUGUUUGACCUCCUAAAAUACUCGGCAUGUCAGAAGGAAUCACAGCUGCAUGCCUUCUGUUCGCCUUUGGCUAUAAUGAUUGAGGGAACGUAUCAGAAUAAGAAUAGGUCCGCCUUGCAGCUAUGUCUGGAAACCCAUCCGGGUGGCAUUUCCACCGAACAGUUCCUCCAUUUUAUGCAAGUGAUUUACUCAUCGGAAUUUCGCCAAUAUGAUUUUGGUUUAUUUGAGAAUUUUGCCCGUUACUCUCAGGCCUAUCCGCCACGUUAUCCUUUGGAGAGAAUACAUAAACUUCUACACAUUUGGUAUAGUCGUGGAGAUGAAACGGUGAAACCCCAAGAUGUACAUCGUUUCGCAGCCGGAAUGCCCGCGGUAGUUUUACAUCGUAUAUCCGAUGAUAAUUGGUCGCAUAGUGAUUAUAUGUUCGUUGGAUAUCUUAUUCUCGACUUCCAUCAUUUUGCCGUGGAGAUAAUUCCAAAUGACGUCGGUGGUGAUGGUGAUAAAAUUAUCGCCUCAUGUGUCAAAUGUGUUGGCAUUUGUCGACUAAAUCGACUGGUGAGGCGAAAAGCGGAUAAAAUGUUGGCGUUUGAAUGUCGCCUUUUGUUUGCAUGGCUUGUCACAAUUGUGACAGAUAAGGAAGCUGGUAAUCCUUUGUGA